AUGGAGCCCGCCGUGUCUCUGGCGGUGUGCGCCCUGCUCUUCCUGCUGUGGGUGCGCGUGAAGGGGCUGGAGUUCGUGCUCAUCCACCAGCGCUGGGUGUUCGUGUGCCUCUUCCUGCUGCCGCUGUCGCUCAUCUUCGACAUCUACUACUACCUGCGCGCCUGGGUGGUGUUCCGGCUCAGCAGCGCGCCGCGCCUGCACGAGCAGCGCGUGCGGGACAUCCAGAAGCAGGUACGAGAAUGGAAGGAGCAGGGCAGCAAGACUUUCAUGUGCACGGGGCGCCCUGGCUGGCUCACUGUCUCGCUGCGGGUUGGGAAAUACAAGAAGACACAUAAAAACAUCAUGAUCAACCUGAUGGACAUCCUGGAGGUGGACACGAAGAAGCAGAUUGUCCGAGUGGAGCCCUUGGUGUCCAUGGGUCAGGUGACUGCCCUGCUCACUUCCAUUGGCUGGACACUGCCCGUGCUGCCAGAGCUCGACGACCUCACAGUGGGGGGCCUGAUCAUGGGCACAGGCAUCGAGUCGUCAUCCCACAAGUACGGCCUGUUCCAGCACAUCUGCACCGCCUAUGAGCUGGUCCUGGCUGAUGGCAGCUUCGUGCGCUGCACACCGUCCGAAAACUCAGACCUAUUUUAUGCUGUACCCUGGUCCUGUGGGACCCUGGGAUUCCUGGUGGCUGCUGAGAUCCGAAUCAUCCCUGCCAAGAAGUACGUCAAGCUGCGGUUGGAGCCAGUGCGAGGCCUGGAGGCCAUUUGUGACAAAUUCACCCGUGAGUCCCAGCGGCUGGAGAAUCACUUCGUGGAGGGGCUGCUCUACUCCCUGGAUGAGGCCGUCAUCAUGACCGGUGUCAUGACUGAUGAAGCAGAGCCCAGCAAGCUGAAUAGCAUCGGCAGUUACUACAAGCCCUGGUUCUUCAAGCACGUGGAGAACUACCUGAAGACAAACCGGGAGGGCCUGGAGUACAUUCCCCUGAGACAGUACUACCACCGCCACACUCGCAGCAUCUUCUGGGAGCUCCAGGAUAUCAUCCCUUUUGGCAACAACCCUGUCUUCCGCUACCUCUUUGGCUGGAUGGUGCCCCCCAAGAUCUCACUGCUGAAGCUGACCCAGGGUGAGACCCUGCGCAAGCUAUACGAGCAGCACCACGUGGUACAGGACAUGCUGGUGCCCAUGAAGUGCCUGCAGCAGGCCCUGCACACUUUCCACAACGACAUCCAUGUCUACCCCAUCUGGCUGUGUCCGUUCAUCCUGCCCAGCCAGCCGGGCCUGGUGCACCCCAAGGGAGACGAGACUGAGCUCUAUGUGGACAUCGGCGCUUAUGGAGAGCCUCGUGUGAAGCACUUUGAGGCCAGGUCCUGCAUGCGGCAGCUGGAGAAGUUUGUGCGGAGUGUACAUGGGUUUCAGAUGCUGUAUGCCGACUGCUACAUGGACCGGGAGGAGUUCUGGGAGAUGUUUGAUGGCUCCUUGUACCAUAAGCUGCGCAAGCAGCUGGGCUGCCAGGACGCCUUCCCCGAGGUGUACGACAAGAUCUGCAAGGCCGCAAGACACUGAGCCCAGCCUCCGGAAGAGACAGACGCAGGCGGGUGGACCUGUGCCUUCCCUUCACCGAGCUUGGCUGCUUUCCCAAACCCAUUUUCAGAAAGAAACCCCUGCAGAAAUUCCACCCAGACGGCCCCGCCAGCAUCCCCGUCAUGUGUGGGGCGGCCCGGUCAAGUGCAAAGUACAUGGGACUUGGAGUCAGACCACCCUGAGUCCGGGUCCCAGGGCUGCCACUAAUUAGUGUGUGCCUCUGGGUGUGCCGCUUGAACCCCUGUGCUCCAGUCCUCCAUCUGAUGAAGCGGGUGAUUGUACCUGCAGGCCGCCAUCUAAGUCAGCAUCUGUCACAUGGGAGGUGCUUUGUUCACAGUAGCUGUUAUUACUUACCACUCAGUAUCCUAUCUGACUAAAGUGCUGUGGGUUCAGCAGUUGAAUCCAGAAAGCCUCCCUGCUAGGUCACCCUUGCACAGGUUUGGCUGGAAUGAUGAAGGGGACGCCCUGGAGUUGCACCGCCAUUGCCUGAGUUGGCCAGAAGAGGCCCCUCCCCCUCCCCCACACGGGGAAAAGGAAGGCUCCUCCCCACCCAGGACCCCAGGGGGCAACAGUGGGGCAGGCAAGUCCAAGAUGUGCUGUGCCAAAGCCAGGUCCAAUCCCAAAGUUCUCUCUGCUGUCCUUGGCGACGUCCUGCCCCAUAUCCUGUUCGUUCAGGCCUACAGGCCUGCCCUAGCCAUCACUGAGCCCACAAAGAGCCAUGUCCAGGAUGCCACUGGAGAGGGGUCUGAGUUCUGAGCUGGAUCCCAAGCACCUGGACUCAUUCUUGGCUUCCCACCUCCUAGACCCUGUCACGUUCCAGGACCAACUUAGUCACGGUGGAUGUAUCCUUGCUGCCCUGCAGCACGGGGGACAUGACGUCCCCAUCGUUGUGUUUCUGUGAGGAGUCUCGCUAUAAGGCUGAAAGAAAAAAGCAUCAGCUGGAUUUCUCCCACCCCUCAUCUUCCCUUUUCUUUAUCCCACCUCCAGCUUAGUUAAUUUCAGUGCCUUACAAAUCCUACGCUCAGAGAAAGUUAGCUUCUGUUUCCUUCAGAGGAAAGGGAACUUCUGCAGUUCCCUCUGCCUUGCUAUCCAAGAGUGGUUGUUUAUGCAACUCCAUCCUAAGAACUGCCAGCUGCAGCUGCAGACCCAGAGUUGUGUCCUGGAAGAAGGCACUGGGGUCCGUAAGGGACAUAGAGAGCUGAGCCAAUCGCCGCAGUGAUUGGUGACACUGGACUCUGGGCUUGGCGCUCAGUCCCUGCGCCUGUCUGCAAGCUGUGCGUCCCCAGGCAAGUGUUCGUCUCUCCAAGCUACAAUUUCCUCACCUGUUACAGUGGUCCAGAUGAGACUUCCCCAGAGGUCUUCCAACUAAAAUCUUAGACACCACUGUUGCAAAACCCAGGGGUCCAACCCCUGUUUAUGUUGAAAGAAGAAAAGUAAAUGAUGCAGGUGACACUUAGGGAUUAUCUGUUACUUAAGGUCCUUCAGUCCCAUCUCAUUUUCAGCAGAGUUCAUCUGGGGCUGUCCAGGAAGUGUCCAUCUUACCCAUCCGCAUGCCGGAAUCUGUGAGGCCACCCCCUGACUGAAGGACACUUUCCCUUCCCCACAGGGCUGGGCUCACUGCAGUGUCCUAGCGUGGUCUUGCAGGCACUGGGUGCCUUUGAGGCCUUCACAAAGUCAAGGGGCCCCACUUGGCCCUUGCUCUGUAGUCUGAGAAGCACACGAGUCCCAGCACGUGUGACCUCUUGCUCGGUGCUGAACUGAUGACUCUACUUGGUGUAGAUGAAAGGUUACCCGAGCUAGAUGAAUCCAGCAGCUGAAGUGCUGUCGUUGCGCCAUCAGAGCUGCCAUCCCGGAGCCCCCGGCUGUAGCCACAGACGCUGUCACCCUUAGUCCUCUGACCAAAAUCCAGCCUUCCACAGACCUUACCUGGGGCCUAGAAGGAACAGUAUUUUGGAAUCACACCAGCCUCAGGUAAACAAGACCCCAGCAAGAGGAGUCUUCCAAGCAUGGUGAGCUGAGUUCCAGCUUUCCCUUACAGCCUGUCUGUCCCAUCUUUGCAGCAGGCUUCCAGUGGAGUUGAACUUAGUACCAGUGGGCAGUGAGUGUAAAGAGCAAUGUGCCUCUCCCCUCCAGAGUUCUAGUUUCUUGGCUGCAUGAAGGGUUUCUGUGAGCUCAGAGUUAUAGCUGUUUCUCUUGCCUGAAAGGAUGGAUUAUUGGCUGUUAGUGAAAGGGAAGAGGGGUGGGAAUGGCUGUGGUAGUGUAUGGUGUGUGAUUAUUUCUUCCUUUGGUCGUGGGGACCAAGGAGAAAGGCAUGAGUGUCCCCUGUCAGGCUUGCAGCUGCAGGGGCUGUGCCUCUCGGACUCGUGUUCCUGUGCUGUGGGGCCACUGCUUCUGUAAAAAUAAAAGUCUGGCCUGAA